AUGGGUGACGCCCUGCGCCCAAGUGACGAUGAAUUCAAGAAAGUUCUUCAGCAGAGCCUCAACAUAUGGUCUUCAUAUCUGGACUCUGGGAGCGAAGAUCACCCACUCCCCCGACAAGCCAUGGAUUUGAGAUCCCUCGUCGGUCAGACCCCACCAUUCCUUGGUGAUAACCUUGCUUCCUUGGAUGAGAAGAUAUCAUUCGCUUGCGAAGAGAAGCAGUGGACACAAGGGGAAGGCAGUCUUGUUGUCAAUUGCCGGUCAGCCUGGAGAACUUCAAAAGGCAUCUGUGACAUCCAGCCGAGGAUUCUGCCGAAACAACUUCUUUUAGGAUUUAGUCGUCAAUUAACUGUGAGCUUCUCAGAAGACUCUCCCCUCUCAGACUGGCCCGAAGUUCAGGGAUUAUCAGGUUACGACAAGGGAAAUUAUUUGUCAAUCCUUUUCUUCGCGUGGGCUUAUAUCUUAUCUGCUCGAUGGGUUGAGCUACUUGGUCGCUCCGAGGAUCACGAAUGUCAUAUACGCUACGCUGCGCCGGAAGCGAAGAGUCCACCGCUAUCCGAGGAGCAAUCCAAGGUUCAAAUUGAUCUCGGCGAGGGUGCUUGUGAGGAAGAAGCUCUCCGGUAG